AUGCUUUUCGACAGGUAUUUUCUUCUCCAUAGAACUGACCACCGAUCGUUGAGUUUGAUCUUUGUUUUCAAGCUGAAAACAAUAUGCGUGCCUCUGCUGGAACACUCGCUUUUGACACCGACACAAACUCCUCGCGUGCUAUCCCUUCUAUCUCGUUUAAAUGAGAUGCUACAGGAAUUCCACUUAUCAGGCUACACCCUGGAGUCGCCUAUGGUCUCGUACGCUAUGUUUCCUCUGACAUCGAUGCUACGUCGAAACCGCCCUUCAGCGAUUCCGGACCAAGUCAUGGAGAGAUUGUUUGACGCGCUCUGCUUGCUGUGCGAAAGCUGGUGGUGGGACUGUGAUAUCCGUGCAUGGGAACAGAUCUUCAUGCUAUGCGGGGCAGUAAUUGGAGGCAUCGAGAGCAAAGAGAAAAUCAGGGCUGACGAAACGAAGGAGGCCGCCGUUCGAUGCCUUGUCGCCCUCACGCGGGAUCGAGGAGACACUGAAGAUCUCACACUAUCUUCCACUCACCCUUCUCCCGCCCGCGACAUCUUGACUCGGUUGAAAAAUCACGCAGAAUCUAGUCACUUCAUACCCAUUCUAGGCCAGACCAUAAAUUCUUUAAUCAUCACCGCAGGAUCCUCACACACAAAUCUUCAAAAGCAAUCUCUCCGUGCUUUGCACAUCCUAAUCACACACUAUUCUACCGUCGGAUUUGUACCAUCCAUUCUCCCUGGAGUCGUGAGCGCGAUGACACGGAUCUCUUUGGGCAUCUCAUCGUCCAAGGGAUGGACCAAUGGCGACAUAGUUGUCGAAGCACUAGCAGUCAUGCAAGAGGUAAUCAUCAGAUCUAUUGGUGAUGACAUCUGUCUAAGGGAAGGUGCGGUGAGGGGCAUCGCAGAGUUAGACAACCUUGCCGACCUUUUGAGCGACACGUCAGAAGCUCAAGUCGACAGUAAACCUUUUUCGGUCCAUCGAACUUCGACAUGGUUGCGCGCUACAUCCUCCCAGCUGCUCAUGGCUCUCAAGACUCUCACACCCCUUGUAUCCCACCCGACGCCGGUUGCAUUGCGUGCUUUCUCCGUGUUUUCUAUAUCCAUUCUCGCUGCCACACCACUUUCCAUGCCCCAAACACAGCCGCUCCUACUUUCGUUUCUUCUAUCUUUAUCGCAAUCACAGUUGCCAUCGGUAUCCACAUAUACUCGACAAUCUCUCAGCCGACUUUUUCUUCAACCCUCGGAGAUCCGACACUCCCUUCUUCAGACGCUACUACAAACGACGCGUGACAAUCUCGCUACCCUCCCUCGGCUGGUGAGUUCCCAUUCGGAUGCCAAAGUUGAGCAUGUCGCAGGUCAAGUCGAAGCUGCAUGUCUUCUCGCUAUUACCGACACGACCAAGAGUCUGGCUUUGGUUUCUUCUGGGCUCGGAAAACUACUAGGGCCGAUGGGAGGUAUCGAGAAAUGGGGAUGGCGUCUAUUGUCAGUGUUAGAAUUCGACGCACCAGCAGUCACCGUAACAGGCACUUCAUCAGCGCAGCUUCUGCUUGAGAAUGAUCCAGGUGGUUCUGCAUCAAUGGUCUUCCCGGAGAUAACCUUGAAACACAUAGCGACACGAUCUACGCAAGACGCUUUGGAGCGGAUGCUUCGUGCUUUAGGGCAGGCGGCAGGCGGCGAGUGUCUCUAUUCCGUGGAGUGGUUUUUAAGCCUAGGUAGGAGCAGAGGAGACUCUAAAGGAGCCGCUUCCCUAUGGUGUGCUUGCCGACUUCUAGAGGGCGUUUCUGGUAUCUGCCUUUACACUUCUGACGUCGGUGAUGGUGUGCAAAGGAUUCAGGACCGGCGAGUACGACAAGUCGUUCGUGGAAUCGCGAGGAGCAUCUCAGACUUGUGGGACGUAGAUGAUUUUUCGGGCCUUUCUACAGAAUUACCGGAAGAUUCUCAGGACGAAGUUGCUGUCACUGAGCAUAUCAAGGGGUUGAUCGUCCUGGAUCCUUCGCUGCAAGUUGGUACUGCUGGUGUCCCUUCACUUUCUGCAUCUGCAGGCCGUUCGACUUCCCAGCCUCAACUGCAUAAAGCUCUCUCACUUCACUUGCUCUCCCUCGCGGCUGGUAUCAUGGAGGCACGGUUCGCACCAAUGCUUCUUUAUACUCUCUAUCCUGUCCUGCACUCCAUCGUAUCGCUCGAUCUCCACUUAUCCACUACAGGCUUGGCUGCCCUCAGCUUCAUCUCUUCUAGCAUGUCUUUUGCCUCGCCAGCCAAUCUCCUGCUCUCCAAUUUUGAUUAUGCGCUCGAUGCAGUUUCGCGUCGGUUGACUCGUCAAAGGCUUGACCUCGACGCGACAAAGGUUCUCGCUGUCCUCGUGCGCCUUGUGGGCCGCGACGUUGUUCAAAAGGCAGGUGAUGUCGUCGAAGAGUGUUUCGAUCGGCUAGAUGAGUAUCACGGUUAUAAUGUCAUCGUGGAAGGCCUUGUCGAUGUCCUCGGUGAAGUAGUCAGAGUUAUCGAAGAAGACGACGAGACCCAUGUCACCCGCGAGGAGGACCUAGUUUCAAGCUCUGUAUCGCCUCCAAAUAGCGGACGGCUGGAAUCUUUCGUGCUUUGGUACACACACAGGCAUGACUCGCAGAACGUAGAGGAAGACAAAACUGAUUAUGGUCCUGCUCCUCGGAUGGAUUGGGGUGCGGGAAAGGAGGCAGAGAAAGAGGAUGCGGAUACCAAGACAACUGAUCCUAAUGCUGAGCCUCCUGCAACUCCUACCCAAUCACUGACGAAGCAAAUCGUUUCUCGGUCGAUGUAUUUCAUCACUCAUGGAUCGCCACUCAUCCGGGCACGAAUUCUUACCUUACUGAGUUCCUCUGUCCCUGUCCUUCCGGAGUCUGCCUUGCUGCCGUCCAUCCAUCAAGCAUGGCCUUUCAUUCUAAACAGGCUGGCGGACACGGAGACCUUCGUAGUAAGUGCCGCGGCUAUGCUAGUGGAGUCAUUAUCAACCCAUGUCGGAUCAUUUAUGUUUCAACGUAUCUGGGACGAUGUCUGGCCGCGUUUCAAACUGCUCCUGGGUAAACUCAAUGAGGCCGAUUCGAAAAGCGCUCUCACGAGGCGGGGAGCGGCUUCUUCUGGGACAGAGUCGGCCUACACGCAUUCGCAUCGACUAUAUCGGGCGAUCUUGAGAACGAUGACAGCGACGGUCAAGAAUGUCCAGAUGAAGGAUGCGGCGACAUGGGAGAUGCUAUUGGCCUUUCGGCGGUUCCUGCACCGCCACGCACACGAGGAGCUGCAAAGUUGCGCCAAAGAAUUAUACAUUGCUAUCGCAGAGAAGAAUGAAGAUGCGGUCUGGUUAGUUCUUUGUUCGACGAUGGGUGCCGUGGGCGGUUCGCUGGCAUUUUUGACAGAGGAAAAAUGGGACAUCAAAGGCAAUGUAAUGCAUAUUCUGCCAUCCGAUGCCUUCGACGGCGACGUAGCAUAG